AUGGGGGAUUAAAGAGUGUCAGAAUAUUUUUCCUGCUGACAAACCACAAAUGUUUCAAGAUUGUACAGCUGUUCUAGUAUUUUUCGAUCGUAAACUGGGAUAGAUACUACCUUAUUUAAGUAGUGAAAUUAGUUUUCUGACUUCAAUCUGUAAAGAGUGAUGAAAUAAACAUGUCAAAUGUAAUACCAAUUGUUUCAUCUUCCCCACCCCCUUUGGAGGAUACAGGGGGUUUUGAUGACUGGGGAGAUGAUGAUGAUUUUGGAGGGUUUAUGGGAGCAGAUGAGACUCCGAGUACCUGGAACAACUCCAUCAGUACUGAUCAUACAAAUGCAUGGAACAACUCAAUAAAUGGAGAUCAAUCCACAACAUUAGACGAAGUCAAUGCUAACAUUACCAAUAAAUUACCUCAACAUUUCACAAAUGCAGAAAAAAUUGAAAAUUGCAAAACUAAAUCAAGUCCAUUAUCACUUAAUUUAGAUAAAUCCUUGCCUUAUAAUAACAUAUCAAAUGACGUGUCUAAUGACCAACACACAGACUUAACAGAAAGUAAAACAUCAGACACAAUCAGUGGAAAUUCUACAGGAGAUUCAGGGUUAUUUGAUGUGUCUCCAGUUCCUAUUUCCGAAGACACAAAAAGCGAUCAUUCAGAAAUUUCUACUGACCAAGAGACAUUCCAAAAUACACCAGACGACAUUCCAUCCAAUGAAACAACAUUGCAAAACAAUGACUUAAAUACUAAUUCUGAGGAAAUAUUAAUUAAGAAUGGAAAUCACAUUGGUCAAAAUGACGAUGGUGAAAUAUCUUCUUCAACUAAACAUUUAACUCAAAGCGUGGAAUCUGAGGAAGUUGAGAGCAUUUGUAAUGUUGAUACGGAAAAUGAAAAUAAAAAGGACUCCAUUGUUGAAGAAUCUAUAGGUAGUUGUCCAUUAGAAACUAAUGAAAUUAAUGAAGAAAGUGUCCUCUCUAAUUCGUGUAGUUCGUUGGACAAUGACAAUGUAAUUUCUAGUGAUGAAAUAUGUUCUAGUCAUGAAGAAAAACAAUGCAGUAUUGAGUAUGCAGCCAGUCAGGAAAAUGUGAACCAAAAUGAUGUUCAGAAACAGACAGAUAAUGUUGAAAAUUCAAUGCAUUUGUCUGAAGAAAACUUGUGUGAUAAUACCUUACAUUCAGGGGAGUUUGAGGUUUGUGAAGGCAAGGAAGAUGAUAAAAAUUCUGAAAAUGAUAACCUUAAUACCAACUCCCCAGAAGAGACUGAUAAAAUAAGUGGGAUUUCAGAGGAUAAGAAGAUUACAAGUUGUGAUGAUUUGGAAAAUUCUGGUAAAGAAUUUGCCGAUUUUAGUAUAGCGGAAGGCAGGGAAAAUCACUCUUCUGAAAAUUUAGUGCAAAGUGAUAAAGUAGAAUUUGAAAAUUCAGUACAGGUCAACGAUUCUGAAAAUAAUGAAAAAGUAAGUUUGUGUAUGAAAAAUGAUGGAAAUCAAGAAACUGAGAUUAAAGACCUGGAAUUCGAAGAUAAAGUGGAAUUUGCAGAAUUCAGUGAAACAACAGGAGAUGUUGACAAAGAUAUUGAAAAUGUCAGUUUGUCGUCUGCAGGAGAAAGUAAAGAAGAAUCUGUAGCAAGUUUUAAAUCUGUUCCAGAAGAAGAAAAAGAGGAUGAAGUUAUUAAAGAUGAUUCAGAUAAAGAUAUUUCAGAUGAAGAUGAAUUUGCAGACUUUAGUUCUGCACCAGUUGGAACAGAUAGUGAUGGAAUCGAUAAUUUAACUUCUGGUACAACAAAUGAAUCUACAAAGUCUGAAGGUGAAAGUAUAGGCGGCUCAGUAGACACAGAAGCAUGUUCCAAUAACUCGGGUUUAAAACCUGUUGAUGAUGAACAAAUUGAACUUUCAAAUUCCUCAACAGUCAAUGUUGAAAAAGAUAAUUUUGCAAACUUUUCAUCAACACAAAAUGAAAAUGAACAGAAGGAGGUUGACCAAAUUGCAGAUGAUGAAUUUGCCGACUUUAGCUCAGCUGCAAAGGAUGAUGAAUUUGCUGACUUUAGCUCAGCUUCAAAAGACGAUGAAUUUGCAGACUUUAGUUCUGCAGUAAAAGAAAAUGGUGAUUCCAAAUUUGGAAAUUUCAACAAUUCAGAAGACAAGUUUGAAAGUGAUGAUGAAUUUGCAGACUUUAGCUCAGCCACAAAAGGUGAUGAAUUUACUGACUUCAGUGCCACAGGAUCACAGGAGCAGACGUCUUCAUUCCAAGCCAGUGACAAAGCAGACUGGGCAACAUUCCAACAAACAACCACACCAGAACCUGUAAAAACACCUGUUGAAUCCAAAUCAUCUACUCAGAAAAAUGUUGGCAGCUUGUUGUCUGGAUGUUUUGAGAACACUGCAGUAGUAUCUGAGAGCACUUCUGAUUUAGAUGUUGUUGUAGAAGACAACAGUAACCAGUUAUGGAUGAAAAUUCAGAAGAUGGAUAACUCUGGGCAACUGAAAUGGCCACAAUGUUCUUGUAACAAAAAUCUAUAUGUCUCGCUGAAGAUUGAUACUAAGAAUAUAUUACUUGGAUAUAAGAAGCCCACUGUACCAAUUUAUGCAGCCAACUUGACUUUAUUAGAACCUACAAAAGGAUCACCAACAUUACCAGAGGUUCCUCUUGUGGAUACAAAUAAACAAGUAGAGGUCAAGGAUUUGCCACCAGUUCAGUUUGAUUGGACGUCUAGUGGUUUAACGAAUCCUUUAGAAGUAAACAAUAAACUUCAGCAUCUGGAUUUCCUCAAUAUAGAUGAUUCUGAACUUACAGCCAAAAAAGCUUUUGAUGCAGAUUUGAUACAUGGACAGAAACCAGCAAUGCAACCGUUACAGAAUAUUCUUGCCAAUUUGAAAGUGACGAAGAAAACAAGACUGGAAGAUUUAAGUAAUGAAGCUGGUCGGGUUAUAAGUCACCUUCCAAACUUAUCUUUUAUGAAAGCUAAAGUUUUAAUGUUUCCACUCAAAACAGAAUAACAUGUGAUACCAAAUUGUCAACAGAAAGCUAAAAUGUGAUAAACAGUGCUUGUUUGUUAUACUGCCAAUGUUAUUAUUUUUAUGCCCCACCUACGAUAGUAGAGGGGCAUUAUGUUUUUUGGUCUGUGCGUCCGUUCGUUCGUCCGUCCGUCCGUUCGUCCCUCUGUCCCACUUCAAGUUAAAGGUUUUGGUGAAGGUAGUUUUUGAUGAAGUUGAAGUCCAAUCAACUUGAAACUUAGUACACAUGUUCCCUAUGAUAUGAUAUUUCUAAUUUUAAUGCCAAACUAGAGUUUUGACCCCAAUUUCAAUGUCCACUGAACAUAGAAAAUGAUAGUGCGAGUGGGGCAUCCAUAUACUAUGGACACAUUCUUGUUCUACCUAAUUUGUCACUAUCCACCUAAAUUUGCUUCUUCUAAAAUAAUUUUAUUUCAGAAAUUAUUUUUUGUGCAUUAAUAAUUGCAAUUGUUAAACAAUAGACACUUAUUAAUUAUGGCAAUUUUAGGAAAUGCUGCAAAUAAUAGUAUCAAAAUUUAAAAUGUGAGUUUUUAUUUUUGCAAACAAACUCUGUUGCAAUUUUGGCAACAAUGAAAACAUUGCAAUAAUUUCUGAGUUUACUGUAUAUGAUUUCUGUGUAAACUUCUUUCAGAAUCUAAUGCAUUUUGGGUAAUAAUUAGAAAAACGUACACCUGUCAACUUUAUAUUUGUUCCGCCUAACAGAAGUUCCUCAGGAAACUUUGUUAUAAGUAAUGCUAUAAUAUCUGUUCCUGGUGGAAUAAAUAUUCUAUACCAUUUAUUCCGUUAGGAACAAAUACUGUAAUAUUUGUUCCAGUUGAAAGAAUAUUACAUAGAUUUUCUUUCAUUUGAAGCUUCUACUAUGAAGGAACUUAUAUUUCAUGCCACACCAAAACGUUGUGAUUUGUUCGAAAUGUCCUGGUCAAUGAAAAUUCAACCCAAUGCUGCGACAUUAUUUUCAAUUUGGGCUACAACCAAUGAAAACACAAUAAUCCUUUAGAUUCUGAAACGUUGAAUUACUACACAUGUUAGACCAAGAUAUUUAUUGGUCAAUAAAGUGGCUUUAGAGCAGAUAAGCACUGUUAUGUAACUAAAAGAAAUUGAUUUAAGAAUAUAUAUUAGUGAAAAAAAUGUUGUACUAAUUUAAAUCUAAUAUGAUUCCAAUAAAUGUAUAUAUAUAUUUCUGAGAAAUGUUUUUAAAUUCCAUUAUCAUUAAUAACAAACAUUUGUAGUUUUAUGUAUUUGACAUAAACUCAAUUCCAGCCAUUUGUUAUUGUCAUUUUGUUUUGAUAUGUAUAAUUAAUACACAACUUGGGAGAAUUUAAACUUUACAAUUAAUAUCAUACUUGGGAGAAAUUGAACUGGUAGAGAAAUAUUGGUGCAAAUUGUUUAAAUGUCCAUUUAUAUGUAUAUUGUGUUCAUUUCUGUGUUCUAUCAUAUGUUGAUUACUUCUGUUUAAGGGAGCUACCAUUUGAUUUUUAUGGGGGGCUAGGAUGAAAAAUUUUGUCCUGCAUUUUUUUUUAGUUGUAAUCUCUGUCCUGCCUUUUUAUUUUUCACUCUAUUCGGUCCUGCCUUUCUAUUUUUCACUCUAUUCGGUCCUGCCUUUUUUUUAAAAGUUUAUCCUGACUUUUUUUUACCUAAAUUGUCAUCCUGACUUUUUUUUUUCGGCAAGUGUCUCAUUCUGCCUUUUUUUUUACUCAAAACUCCUGUCCUGCCUAUUUUUUUCAAAUUUCAUCCUAGCCCCCCCAUAAAAAUCAAAUGGUAGCUCCCUAAAGUCGUAAUACAAGUAAGUCAUUUAAUUACCGGUAACCUGUUUUCAUUCUUGGAAUGAUUUAUUAUUAAUAUCAUUCAUCAAUAUUUGCAAACAAUAGUGUGCAAAAGGCACAUGUUUAACAAUCUUUUUGUUCAGCCAAAUUUAUCAAUGGGAGAAAUUUAAAGUUCCCAUUGAAUGAUCUCAAUAGAUAACUAUAGCUAUUGAAUUUAUUCAAUGGGACAGUUCAUUUUGCAAAAUGAUCAGGUAAACACCAACUGAUCUUGGGGAAAGGUUUUAUUUCCUUCUCAAUAAUCAAGUUGAUAGUCUGUCAGACAUUCCUGAUUCUUGCUCACAUGUUGAUCUCAGAGGUACUGUUACAUAAUCACUGAUACAGUUUUCACAUAUAAAAUUCUAAAAUUAUUUCAUAUAGAUACCUUAAAUUUGAGAGGAAAGAUUUUCACUGGUUUUGCUUUAGAAGUGUUUUCUUUGAAAUGAUUUUUGGAUUGUGUUUUCUUGUUUGUAAUUUCUAAAUUUUGUUGGAUAUUUUUCUUCUAUGAAACUAUGAAAUAAUUGAAAAUUAAACAACAGCAUUGUUUUCUACUCUAAAGGUACAUUUUCAUAAGGACGAUAUUUGGAGGUAAUUCUUGAGCCAAAAUUCAGAAACCAAAUAAUAUGCUCAUGAUCAUCUUUUUGACAUUGUUUUGGAAUUGAGAACUUUAAAUUAUGUGGUUAUCUUGAUUUUUCAUAUAAAAUAAAUGGAAUUAAAUAAAAGUAUGAAAAACAUAAUGUUGAAUAACAAAUUUUUUACUUAAUUUGUUGAUGACUCUAAAAAUUUAAAUAAAAUAGUUAUCCCUCUUGUGACAUUCUUUUGUGAAAAAUGGCUGUGUUUCCCUCAUGGCUUAACUUUUCGUUAUUAAACAUCAUUCUGUAUAUCCUUGUUGAUUUCAUAAAAUGAACCUAAAAAAAUUAUUUAUGUGGGCUCCAUGAACUCAUUGUACUUGUUUUGAUUUUGUUUUUCUUGUAUAAUUAAUUAUUAGUAUAGCUUUUAAUGUUAAUGAUGUAUAUAUUGUUGUAGCAAUAAUUUAUUCGUGUUAAAUGUAGUGUCACAAAUCUUCAAUUACUUGGGUUCCCUGGAAUCAUUUCAUCAUUAUUUUAUUGUCUUCAAAAUGUUUGUAAUACUGUAAAAUGGUUUAUUUUUUCGCAGAGUUAAAAUUUUACUAUUUUUUGAGCCAAACAUGUUCAUGGGGUUAAUUUUCCUAUUUAUUCUGCUCCUAUUUGUAAUCUCUCAUAAAGAUCAAAUUCAUGAGGGGGACUGAUUUUUAAAUUUUACCUUUAAAUCUGAAUUACCAAAAAUAUACCCUGGCAAAAAUUUGCCACUUUACAGUACUCAUGUCUUGAAGUUAGUGGCAUCGUGGCUUUUAAGGCUGCCCUUGUGCAGAAAUUUAGCAUUAUAUAAGAGUAUAUGGUCAGUAAUUGAAUUACAAAUGUACAAAGAAAUUUACUGCUCUAUCUGGCAAAAGAUAAAACUGUGUUUAAAUAGUUAUGAAGAUUAAUAUGGUCACAAGCUACCUUUUGCGUUACAUUUACAUGAAAAUUAUUAAUUUAAUAGGUGAAAAAUUGUAGUGUAACAAUUUGUUGUCAGUGUGACAAUUUGAUACAUGAUGUCAUGUUUAAGCAGAAUUUUUUGGAAAUCCUUAUGCAUAAUUUAAUAGUUUGUUCGAAAAUUCUGGCAAAAAACAUGGCAUCUGAAAAUCUAAAUCUUUGCAAGAUGGAUGGCAAAAUUACCUGGAUAAAAGGUGUAUGAAAUAUACUAUGGCUUCUUUUGAAAAGUCUACUGUGCAGCAAUGCUGGAGCUAGAAAAAUAAUUGAAUUUGAACCCUUACAGCCUGACAGUUGGUUUUUAUUAGGGGUUGGCAGUAAGGCAAAAAUGUCAUUUUAGGAUAAGAUUUAAAGGACAAGGCCAAAGACCAAGUUUUAACCAUGUCUUUUUUGCGUCAUGAUAGAAAUUCAGAUGAUUUUACUUGGCCUUGACAUUGCUUGCAUCUGUAUAACAUACAAUUCUUAAGAAGAAAAAAAUCAUGUUCCUUGAUAAAUAUUUUCACGUAUCUUGCACUUAUUUCAGUAUACUAUCAUGUUUAAAUCAAAAUAUCUUCAUUUUAUAAUUCAUGAUUUCAGGGUUUGAAAUUUCAUUCUUUUAAUGCUGUGCUUAUAUUUUUUUGAAUUGUUUUUUUUAGUGGCAACAUCUUUUAAGAUUGGGGUAAUAUUCUGAUAGUAUAUUUAGACUGAAUCCAGCAGCAAGUGCUAGACAUUAAUAUUUAUUCAUAUAUGCAUGCUUCAUUUAAAAUGAUCUCAAAAGUAUCUCAGAAGUAUUUUGGGGCUGCACCAGAAAACAGUUCUCCUUGUGGAUAGAACUCGUACAGAUUUUAAGGGUAUCACUCAUGACAUAUUACAUCAAUCACAAAGUUGUAAUUUAAAUGAAUUGAUUUGACUAAAAUUUAAAAUUGAACUAUGAGGGGGUUGUGGUAUGCUAAAUAUUCAAAUUGAUAAUUGGGAUAGAGCCAGUGGAAUUUUAAAGAUAGGUUAUUUGCAAUGGGGAGGUUGUAUUAAAUUUUUUCCCUGCAGUCUACUUGCUACCUUGUAAAAUAUCUUCCAAUUUAUUGAAAUAUUGUCAAUCUUCAACAUCUUUAAUUUUCUGUGGAUUCAUUUAUUUUUAUGGAUACGUGGAUAACAAUUAUAGUGGAUUGAGAAAAAAUUGUAUUUUCAUGGAUAUUUAAUUUCAUGGUUUUGCCAAAAACUGCAUACAAACCAAAGAAAAUUUGCACUUUGCUGAUUAUUUAAAUUCAUGGUUCACAUUUACUAAUGGAUAUCCAAAGAACAGUAAUAAAUCCAUAGAAAUCAACAUCCUCCCCAGUGAAAAUAUGUUUCAGAGGUAAUAGCGGAAAAUAAACAUUUAGUUUUCUGGAAUAAUCACGAAAACACAAACAGAUCUGAAAAUUUUAAUUUUACACAUAUUAAGGUUGUGGAUGCUUGCAUUAUCAGGUAUAUGCAUAUCUAUUUCUUCUACUAUUCAUUGUACAAAAAUUAUAUUUUAAGUGAUGAGUACAUUAUUAAUUUGUUUAUAUGUAUUUUUUUGCUGCUUGUAUUUAGCUUCAAUCUACUACAUUUGUAUUUACAGAGGCAUUAUUUAAGUAAUAGCAUUUAUCCUGCAAUCAGCCAAGUAUUGUACAAAUAACAGGUACACAAAUAAAUUUUUGCUUUAUUUGUACUUGUACAAAUAAAGUCUCCUGUUACCCUCUUCAUGUUGAGCAAGCGGUAAUGUGGAUAUUUCUUUUUGCGUACCAGUUCAUUUUGGGGUCCUCUUCGCGGUCCGCGUUUAAACUAUGUCGAUUUCUUUGAAAAAUUUAGACGACGAGUUUAGAUUUUAACUAAAGUUUCAAGUGUUGGGUGUAAAUUUCAGGAUAAAAACAAUAUAUGUACAUUUUCGGAAAAUAUAAAAUUUAUUUGUACUCGCUGCGAAACAGGAGAAAAGCUCGGCGAGCCUCGCUUUUCGUCCUGUUUCUAAAGCUCAUACAAAUAAAUUUUAUAUUUUCCGACAAUGUACAUAUAUUGUAUAUUUCCUCUUCUGUAAGGGGCAAAUGCUCAUUAAAGGCUCUCUAAUAAUUGUUUCAGUACCAUUUGACUAAAUUAAAACAAACCUAGAUGAAAUGGUCAUUUUGACAAUCUUGAUAAAAUUAAAAGAAGAAUGUGUAUAAGGACACUUAUGCCCCUAGCCUCAAGCUUCAAACAAACAAAAAUGGGAGGGACGGCCAAGGUUAACACUAAAUGCCCCCAUCGCCUACGGCAGAGGCAUAAAAAACAAUGAUUUAAAUAACGCCAGCUCUCUUUUUAUACGACCGCAAAAAUAUUUUUGUGGUCGUAUAUUGGUAUGACAUUGGCUUGGUAGUCCGAAGACACAUUAGUUUUCGCACUCUAACUUUAGUUUAAGUGAAUGGAUCUCAAUGAAAUUUUACCAUAAGGUUCAAUACCACAAAAGGAAGGUGGGUACCAACAGUUAAGGAAUUAGGGGCCAAAAUAGGCCAAAAAUAAGCAUUUUUGUAACUUCCAGACAUAACUUGUGUGUAAGUGUAUGGAUCUCUCUGACAUUGUACCACAAGGUUCCAUAUCACAAAGGGAAAGCUGGAUUGAGUUUGGGGGUAAUUGACCAAAAAGCUUAGGAAGAAGGGGCCAAAAAGGGGCCAAAAAUAAGCAUUUUUCUAGUUUCCAGACAAUAACGUGUGUUCAAGUGUAUGGAUCUCUCUGAAAUUGUACUGCAGGGUACCAUACCACAAAGGGAAGGCUGGGAUUAAUUUUGGGGGUAAUUCCCUCAAAAUUUUAGGAAUUAGGGGCCAUAAAAGGGCAAAAAAAACAGCAUUUUUCUAGUUUCAGGACAAUAACUUGUGUGUAAGUGUAUGGACCUGUAUGAAAUUGUACUGCAAGGUUCCAUAUCACAAAGGGAAAGCUGGGUUUGAGUUUGGGGGUAAUUGCCCUAAACGUUUAGGAAUUUGGGGCAAAAAAAACAAGCAUUUUUCUAGUUUCCAGACAAUAACUUGUGUUCAAGUGUAUGGAUCUCUCUGAAAUUGUUCUGCAAGGUACCAUACCACAAAGGGAAGGCUGGGAUUGAGUUUGGGGGUGAUGAAUCAUAAGGGGGUUCCAAAAAUUUUUGGGGGGGGAUUUUUUUUUCCUUUUUUUUCUUUAGAAUUUUCCAUUUUAAAUUGUUUAUUUCUGAUUUAUAUAUAAAAGCAAAUAAUAAUGAUAUGGUUUGAAUAGGUAAAUUAAAAAAUUUUAAGUUCUUAGACCACUUUCAUUCUGUGUCAGAAACCUAUGCUGUGUCAAAUAUUUAAUUACAAUCCAAAUUCAGUGCUGUAUCAAGCUUGAAUGUUGUGUCCAUACUUGCCCCAACUGUUCAGGGUUCGACCUCUGCGGUCGUAUCAAGCUGCGCCCCAGCAGAGCAUUUUAUUCAAUUAUAUUCUUUUUUUUGACUGAUUUUAUGGAUAGUUUUGUACUGUGGAUUCAUCUAUUUUCUUGGGUACCAGAUCUUGGGUACCAGAUGUUACUGGCUUUACUAAUAUUAUAGCCAAAAAUUAAUUUCAAUUAUUUUUUAAAUAUUUUAUCUGAUACAAAUAGAUAACAUUUAAUGUUUGUCAAUUAGAAUGAACCAAAAUGAAAUGCUGUAAACUUAGAAAAUGUUUUUUUGUAAUAUAGAUAAUUGAAAAUGUUUAGCAAAGCUAAAUUUAUUAAUGAGAUUAAGACAUUUUUAGUUGAAGGUUACAUGUGCACACUUGAGACAUGUAUGUUUAUUAUGAUGAGUAUAGCAUUAGGAACAUUAAACUCUGUCAAAAAAAAAUGGGCUGUAGGUCAUAAAACUUUACUCAGUACUCCGAGUACCAAAUUUGUACUCGAAACACCAAAUCCAGUAUUUUGAUUGGUUGAUUUCUGAGUAUCAUAAUCAUGCUCGAAAUUUUUAUGACAGCAAUGCAUGGUGUUUACUGUCUGUGUAGAUCCAUAUUUUUUCUUUGAAACCAAUUUAGGUUGAUGGAAGAAAACUUAAGUUAUUGUGGAUACUUGAUUUCAUUGUUUUUGUCAAGCCUGCAACUUUUAUCGCAAAAGCGAGACAUAGCGAUCCUACAUUACGGCGGCGAUGGCCACGGCUUCCACAAAUAUUCACUCUGUGGUUAAAGUUUUUGAAAUUUUAAUAACUUUCUUAAACUAUCCUGGAUUUUUACCUAACUUUGACAGAAGCUUGUUUAUGAUCAUAAGAAAGUAUCCAGAAGUAAAUUUUGUAAAAAAAAAUCCUGUUUAUCCGUAUUUUACUGAUAAAUGGACUUAGUUUUUCAGCCAGUUAACAUUACAUCCACUCUGUGGUUAAAGUUUUAAAAAUUUUAAUAACUUUCUUAAACUCUCUUGGAUUUGUACCAAACUUGGACAGAAGCUUGUUUAUGAUCAAGAGCUAAUAUCUAGAAGGAAAUUUUGUAAAAAUUUAUUUCCUGAUUUUUCGUAUAUUAUUCAUAAAUGGACUUAGUUUUUCUUCCAGUUAACAUUACAUACAGUCUGCAGUUAAAAGAUUUUAAAACAUUUAUUAGAUUCACAAACCAUCUUGGAUUUUUACCAAACUUGGACAGAAGCUUCUUACAAUCAAAAGAUAGUAUUAGAGGAAAAUUUUUAAUAAUUUUUUCCCCAAUUUUGUUGAGCCUGCGAGACACUGGGUUCCGUGAAACCCUUACAAAUUUUUUUAAAACAAAUUCUGCUUUUAUGCCUAUAUGAAAUUUGCAUAUUGUUGCACUCAAAAAUUUGGUUCAUCUAUACCCAUGAAAUCCAUUUAAAAGUAGUAUCCCAUGAAUAAUUAUGAAUUCCACAGUACAAUAUAAUUAUAUCAAAAGGGAUAAUAUAUAGUAUAUCUAUGAAGAGGAAAAGCUAACCCGCACGUAACAAAUUAUUUCCUUUGAUCUUAGAUAUUUUUAUUAUGAUUUUUUGAAAUUUAUUAACACUAAUUUCCCAGGAGGUAAAGUUUCCGACAAAAAUAAAAGACACAUAAAUACUAAUUGAAGUCAAUUUGUUUUGCUUACACUCAUCUACCUUUAUUACCCUUAGGACCACAAAUGCAAUUUUCCUCAGUUUAAAAGUGCACCAAACUUACAUUUGAUCAGAGUUGAUAAAAAAUUGAGACUUAAUUUUUUAUGAUUCGUGAUUUAUGGUAGGGCCUGAGGUGUCUAAAAACUUGUGAUUUAUAUACAUUCAAAUGGUAUAUACUGAUUAUAUGUGCAUUGAUUGACUAGGGAUAACACUUAUCCUGUACACAUUAAUCUCAAGUUUCAGAAAUGCACUGAAAAAAAAAAACUUUUACGAAAAGCCAAGCUGAUAGAUCCCCACAAAUUAGCUUCCAUUAGAUUUUUUCAGACCUUUUAUAAUUUCUGUGAAACCUAAUUGGUAAAAAGAAAAAUUUGCAAUAAAAAAUUUCUUAAGUACAAAUUUAAGACAAAAGUUUAUGGAUUAUAAAAUGAACUUCAGUAAAGAGAUAUUUAUCCCUGUUAAUAGAAUGUACUCAAGUUUGAUGGUAUAAAUAGUCUAUUGUUGUAUGCUAGGUUUUGUAUCUCCAGCUUGGAAACAUGUUUCUUUUGUUUUCAAUAUUAUCAGUUCAUUGAAAAGAAAUCUUUAGACAUAAAAGGUAAUAAAAGUAACAGUAUUCAAGCAUUUAAUUCAAAUAUGUAAAAAAACAGUCAAAAAAGACAAGGAAUACCUACCAAGUAACAUUACAAACUGAUGAUGAAUUGUUCGGAUUAUUUGCCAAUAUACAAACAGAGAAUAUACUGUUUAAAUUUCUCAUCAGUAGAUUCUAAAUCUUAGCAUCAAUCAUUUAUGUAUAACAAAGGAUAAUUGUUAAGUUUUUUUUGACAUUUUACUGAUUUGUACAUUCCAUUUGUUUAUUUAUUGUGUAAUGGUAUCAUGUUACUAAAAGUGCAAUUUAUAGAGGAUUAGUCAUAUAUGUAUACAGAAAAAUAAAUAAUAGAUUAAA